UGCCAUUUUAAUAAGACUCAAUUCCACCUCUGCGCUAUCAGUCUGGAGCUGUUGUCCCAGACAGCGUUCCCGGUGUUGUGACUGAGACGGUUCUCCCACCGGAACCUCGGUCAUCUCCGAGUUGUCCCCGCUCGUCCCCGCUCGGUUAAGGGGCGUAUGCACGCUCCCGAGACACAAGGAAAUAUGGCGGCGCUCAUGACUCUCACUCAGUUAUCAAGUGGAAACCCAGCCUAUGAAAACUAUUACAGACAGCUGGAUCCAGGAAACACUGGCAAAAUCUCCGCUGGAGAUGCAGCUCAGUUCCUUAAGAAGUCAGGGCUGUCAGACAGUACAUUGGGGAAGAUUUGGGAUUUGGCAGAUUCAGAAAGAAAAGGCUAUCUGGAUAAGCGGGGUUUCUUCAUAACUUUGAGACUGGUGGCCUCAGCACAGGGUGGAAAUGAUAUCAGCCUUAACAACCUCAACCAAAACUUAGCUGCACCCAAAUUUAAAGACACUAACAGCCCAUUAUUAGGUGCUUCAACGACAGCGCCUGACUCACAGUGGGCAAUAAGACCUGAUGAAAAAGGGAAAUUUGAGGGCAUUUUUGAGAGCCUGUCUCCUGUAAAGGGUCUCCUCUCUGGGGAUAAAGUCAGGCCAGUUUUGAUAAACUCCAAACUACCUCUGGAUGUGUUAGGAAAGAUUUGGGACUUAAGUGAUGUAGAUAAAGAUGGACACUUGGACAAAGAUGAAUUCACGGUGGCCAUGCAUCUUGUGUAUCGAGCCAUGGAGAAGGAGCCCGUCCCAGCUACCUUACCAGCUUCUCUCAUCCCCCCAUCUAAAAGAAAGAAGUCUGCAGGUGCGCUGCCAGGUGCGGUGGCUGUGCUGCCUGCUCUGUCCGGGCUUACAGCUGGCCCGGCUCCUCUCAAAGAGGCCUUGCGAAGCACUCCUCCUCUAGGCAACACUACUCCCCUCAGCACCAGUACUGUCAACCUCUCUCCAAAACACUCCUUCAAAUCCAGCUCACCGCCCGCGGUGAAUUGGGUGGUACCGGUGGCGGACAGAGAGAGAUAUAGUGACAUUUUCAAGCAAACAGACACCGACAAUGACGGCCUUGUCACUGGCUCUGAGGUGAUAGAGAUCUUCAUGCAGUCCAGUCUCUCCCAGACAAUGUUGGCACAGAUAUGGGGAUUAGCCGACACUAAACAGACGGGCAAGCUGACCCGGGAGCAGUUCUCCCUAGCCAUGUAUCUGAUUCAGCAGAAGGUCACUAAAGGUAUAGACCCUCCCUCCACUCUCACUCCAGACAUGAUUCCCCCCUCAGAAAGGACUGCAGCAUCAGCGACAGGCCCUAGCUAUUUGGGGCUUAUGUCUUCUCUGAGACCUGAACCUGCUGCACUAGCUAAUAUGCGCAGAGACAGCACCAGCUCCACGGGGUCGGUAGAUCUGACAGGCAUCAAAGAGCUAGAUGACCUCAGCCAGGAAAUAGCUCAGCUGCAGAGAGAGAAAUUCAUCCUGGAGCAAGAGAUCAGGGAAAAGGAGGAUUCCAUCAGGCAGCAAAACAGUGAAGUUCAGGAUAUGCAGAACGACUUGGACAGAGAGAGCAACAGCCUGCAGGACCUGGAGUCCCAAAAGCAGGAUGCCCAGGAGCGCCUGGAGGAGAUGGACCAGCAGCGCUCCAAGCUGGAAGGGAUGGUCAACGACGUCAAACAAAAGUGCCAGGAAGAGUCCCAAAUGAUUUCGUCCCUGCAAAGUCAGAUCCGCUCUCAGGAGACCGACCUCCGGAGCCAGGAGGACGAACUGAGCCGCACCAAGGCAGACCUGAGCCGACUGCAGGAGGAGGAGGCCCAGCUGGAGCAGAGCCUGCUCUCUGGUCGCGUCCAGCUGGACAGCAUCAUGAAGUCCCUCAAAACCACCCAGGAAGAGAUCAACCAGGCUCGCAGUAAGCUGUCGCUGAUCCAGGACAGCCAAAAGGAGGUGACCAAGACCAUUGAGCAAUAUAACGGAGCUUUGAGUGACAUCAACGGAGGAAACUUCAGCAACCUGCCGGACUUAAGUGAAGGGUUUGCUGAAAAGGAGAACGGAAAUUUCAGGAGUGCGGAUGAUUCUUUCAAGUCAAAGAUAGCCAUGUUCAAUAACAGUGGUGCUAAGGAGCCCCCAGCAGACCCCUUCCAGACAGAAGACCCUUUUAAGUCUGACAGCUUCAAAGAUCCAUUUGGAGGAGACCCUUUCAAAGAAAGCGACCCUUUCAAAGGCACCUCAUCUGAAGAUUUUUUUAAGAGAACAGACAAGACAGACCUGUUUGCAUCCUCAGAUCCCUUUGGUAGAAAACCCACACCACCAGCCAAGCCAAGUGUCUUCAUCAGUGGUGACCCUUUCACAUCAAACAGCACAAAACCAAAGGAUUCAGAUGUGUUUGGGACAGUGGACCCCUUUGGAAGCAACUCUUUUGGAAGCAAAGGGGGUGGAUUUGCUGACUUUAGUCAGAUGUCUAAGAAGUCAGACAACCCUGUGCUCCCAUCAAAGAAAAAUGUUCCUAACCGGCCUGCACCUCCCUAUGACUCGAGUAAAAGAUCCAAAGACUAUCCUGUGGGUUUUGCAGAUUGUGUCUCUGAUCUGAACGUGUCAAGUUUGGAAGUGAGAGCCAGCAGCUGGAGUGGGCCAAGCGAGAGAGCGAGCGUGAGGAGCAGGAGAGGCUGAGGAGGCUGCGGCUCCAGGAGCAGCAGGACCUGGAGCUCGCCAUCGCUCUCAGCAGGGCUGACAUGCCCAGCGCCUGACCAGGCAUGCCCCACCACAGCUUUUCAGUCCUCUUCCUUUUGCCUUAUAGUCCUCUGUCCACAGGCUCAUGACAACAGCACAGACACUGGCCCGACAUGACUAGCAGCCCCUGUUACCAAUUUGUGUAAGAGACCAGAGUUUCUCCCGCCAUGACUGGACUUAUGUCAAAUGACUCCACAUUUAGCAACCAGUUAAGGUUCAUUGCUCCCAAACUACAUGGCAACUAUAAUCAGGGACAAUACGGAGCCACUUGAUUUAAGCCUGGCUUCAUCCUGAAAGAACAUAGCGAUUUAACGCAACCCAAACCAGCAGGGUAUUCGACUACAACCUAUAUCUAGCUCCAUAUCUUGUUAUGGUUAAUCACCCUGCCUUAACCAAAAGCCUGUUUGUUGCAACAAAAAAACAAUGGUAAGAACAUUUUACUGUUUUAUUUGUAUACAAAAGCAAUUAAUCUGUGGUGUAUGAAGUACUUCUAAAAUGCGCUGUAUAAACGGUUUUAUAUAACCUUUAAUUACUCAGAAAAAUUCAUAUUGAAAGUCAAACCAUACACACUAAUUACCCUAAUAGCCUGUGUUUUGUUUUUUUUUUAAGAAACUUUUUCAUGUACAGAAAUAUUAUUAGAUGACUGUUUUUAUGUACAAGCCUUGGAACAGCAGAAUCUAUCUUAAAAAAAACAAACCUGUCUUAGUUAUCGGCAUGAAAAUGGCUUGAAUUAGAUUUUUAUUUCAAAUGUUACAAGUGUUUCUUGCCAUUUAUGAUUGAUCUGCUAUUUAUGGCCUUAGCGUAGAGAAGAAAUGUUUGAAUAUAAUCAAGCCCUCAACAGGACUGGGAAUCCCUGAUGAGCUUUUUAGUUCUAACAAAGCUUUGGUUAACUAUGAAUGAACUCGUCGGCCGCCUCUUGUAUUUACAGUGAUUAAGAUGCUAGCGAUAAUCAUUGAUGUCUUCUUUUCUUAUGAACAAAGUUCAGUCUACCUGGAGCGCUGUUGCAUCAUCCCUCUGAUGUCAGCAGCUUGUGUGUGUCAGAUGGUUUAUCAUUGGUUGCCUUGUUGUAACGCCCAAACAGAUUGCACUCCCAUACAACUAAAAGCCUCUAUAAAAUGGAAGAAACUGUAAACCUACAUUGUUUAUACUGGUGCUGUUACACUUCUACUGCUACUUUUUCACAUUACCACUGAUGCACAGUGAGGUCUGCUUCCAGCUUUUUUCUCAAAUCAACCAUUGGAUUUUUUUUUUCUAUAUUUGUGUUUUUCAGUUCAUUAAUGUCUCAUGAUCCAGUUGGAGGACAUUUGUUUAAAUGCCUUAAAAUAUUGCUUCCUUGUAAUUAUAUAACACUAAUCAGGUUUAUUCGGCACAUAAUAUAUGCACUGUAUAUUCCAGAACUUACUGGACAUGUGCAGAGUGACAAUGCCUUAUUUAUCAACAUAUCAACAUUGUAACGUAAUAUUGCACAGUAUGUAUGUGAUAAAAAAAAAAAAAAAAUCAAGUUGCUCAAAACUUUACCAGCUUUUUAUUGAAUAAAAGUGAUUUUUAACGUU